GAAUAAAACCAUCAGAGAAUAGUAUCGAAAUAUAAAUAGUAAUUGCACCGUUGCUUUCACAUGAUGUGGAGUAGACUCGUAACGGCUAUGAAUGUGGUUACUUUAUUGUCUAUCUACCGAGUCUGAUCACCGGGGUGACCCAAAGGCAGCUUCCUGGAACCAAGAGGCUGGAGAAUUGUGCAUUGCUAUCAGUUAGAAGAAUAAUAUAUAUAUGCAUUUAAAAGAGCCCCUCUGCCCAAACACACACCCUGCAAAAAUGCAAUUUGAAGGUGAUUUACAGCUACCAGAGAAAGUGCUAAAAUACGAAGCAUUCAUAAAUGAUGUUCUUAAAGAAGACUUGAAGAAAGUGCAUGCACGGCAAGAUCAUGUUACCACAGAAAUAGCUGAAUAUAUUCAGCUUAAGAACACUAUUCAAACACUGAAAGAGGCUGACAUGGUUAAGGAUGGAUUUAAGGCGAAAAUGAAUUUGGGAUGCAACUUUUAUGUGCAAGCAAAUGUAUCUGAUCCAAAAACUAUGUUCAUAGACAUUGGUUUGGGACAUUAUUUGGAAUUUACACUGGAUGAAGCUCAAAAAUUUAUUGACAGAAGAUUGGAAUUGCUGUGUCAACAAAGCAACAAACUGAAGAAAGAUAGUGCUCAAACCAAAGCAAUGAUUAAAAUGGUGCUUGGAGGUCUGCAUCAACUCCAGGCAGAGAGUGGAAGUGCAAAGUAACAUUGUUACUACAUGGCCUGUUACAGAUUGACUUUUAACUUAUUGUGGUAUACUUUUGUACAAUUAUAUUAUUUUACUUGAUUAAUUUUGUAGUUUUAUUAUAGCUAUAAAGCAAAGUGAAAGUAGUCACAU